CCAGCUGAGCUCUGCCAGCAAAGCCCCUUACCCCCACCAGACAAGCCAAGAGAGGGGCGCUUUCUACUGCCCUUUCUCUUCCCUGCGCUGUGACUCAUCUCCAAAGCGCCAUGCAAUUUGGAGACAUGCGUUUACAAGAAAAUAAGCGGGCGGCAAACAUGCGCAAUUGUAUUUGGAUAAGCCUAACGCAUCGAGACCAUUAGAGAGCCAGGCUUGCUCUGUAUCUGCGGGAGAGCGCGGGAGAAAGCAAAGAGGCAAGAGGCAGCAGCAGCAGCAGCAAAAGCGAAGUCUGAUCUUUCCAAAACUUCAGCCAAAAUGCUCCUUUUGUUGCUGGGGAUCAUCGUGCUCCAUGUUGCGGUUCUGGUGCUGCUCUUUGUCUCAACAAUCGUUAGCCAAUGGCUCAUUGUUAACGGGCGUACAGCAGACCUUUGGCAGAACUGCAGCACCCUAGGGGUCCCGAGUGCCUUUCAGUGCGUAACGUCCUCCACGAACGAGUGGCUGCAGUCUGUCCAAGCUAUGAUGAUCCUCUCCAUUAUCUUCAGCGUGCUGUCCUUGUUCUGGUUCUUUUGCCAGCUGUUUACGCUCACCAAGGGGGGACGGUUUUACAUUACUGGAUUCUUCCAAAUCCUUGCCGGCCUGUGCGUGAUGAGUGGUGCAGCCAUCUUCACUGUGAGACACACGGACUGGCAGCCUGCCACAAGUGAUGCCGCCUUCGGCUUUGCCUACAUACUGGCUUGGGUGGCCUUCCCACUGGCCAUCAUCAGCGGGGUGAUCUACGUCAUCUUGAGGAAGCGCGAAUAAUGAAGCAUGAGGCAGGGGGGCCAAAACAAGGGCACUCAUGACGUCCAUUGAGGGGAUUGAGGCAGGGGAAGAAAAGACGACAAAACAGGAGGAGGGGUGUUAACCAAACCCCCACCCCCUCAAAAUAAACCCAACAAAAAAUCCAAAAGGAAACACACCAAGGGGUUACUGUGUUAAUUGAAGAUGUAUAUAGUAUCUAUGGUUUUAAAAAACCUAUUUAUAACACUUUUUACAUAUAUGUACAUAGUAUUGUUUGCUUUUGGUGACCAUCCGCUAUGUGUUAAAGCCUAAAGAAAGUGCCUAAAGAACUAUUAUUUCUAACAGUGUAACAAGAGUGCAGUAUUUUUUGUCCUUGUUUUUGUUUUACCCUGAAUGCGAAUGGAAUCCCCUUUGAAAGCUCCAACCCCAAAGCAGCCCACCAAAGAAAUCCCAACUCAGACCAGAUCCCUAGAUGGCAUAAAUCAGUGCCGCUCCAGUGGCUUGAAUGGAGCGAUGUUCAUUUACACCGACUGAGGAGCCAUCCCCUCCCACAAGUGCCAUGAUCCUGUUACCUGAAGCAUGUGUAUCAAUACCAUGGCUCAGAAACCAAAUUUUCAAACCACCUCGGUGAUAUAGGAGCCCAAGUCCCAUUAGCUUUCCAGCCACACCCAGUUGGGAACUUGGGUUUCUAACUCACACAGGCACGUUUAAAAAUGUUACCUACCAGUUCUAUUGAAAUGUUACUGUAACUAGUGUACCUUUUGGAAGUUUCCCCUUAGAACACUGAUACUUUACUGUGUUAGGCUUGUGUAUAACAAACUCUCAUGUACCCAUCCCCACACACCCAAACCACCCAAGAACUGUAGCCUAUGAUCUUGAAAUGUAUUUUUUCCUUGCCAUGUAGAUAAAGAUGAGGAAAGAAUCAAACAAUAUAUAUCUAUGAAAUAAAAUACCAAAUAUGUGAAAUGGUGCUAUCUAUUUGCCAUUCCUUAUAUCACUAGCCAUUUAACCCUACUCACUGGAAAUUCAGUUAACAAUCUUAUGAGAUAAAGAAGAUAGAAAUGAUAAAUAAUUCUAUGUAAUAUAAGUGGUCUGUAACUGCUUUUGUACUUAGACAAGUUGCUCUUAGUAUUAUUGUUAAUAAAGCAUUUAUAAUGAUUUUUUUCCCUCUCAUGGUCAGGAGUAGCAGAAACAAAUCUCUGAAUGGAACCGAUAGGUCUUCAUCCUCCAGAGUCUGGCUUCUGUAAUCCUCUUUCUGUGCUUCAGAGGUGUGUCUGGCAAUGAAUUGUAUGGGCAUUUUACUGUAGAUUCAUAUACGGUGCCUUCUGAUGCUAAGACUCCAGACAUUCUGUUGUUUUGUUUUACUGUUUGUUCCUUUUUUGCUUUGCUUUUUCUGAUUUUAUACCGACUGUGUGGACUAAGCAGCAAUGAAAUAAAAGUCAGAAUAACUCAA